UUGACCUACGUAUAACGGGUGCUCGUAUAAGGACUUUAUUUUGUUGUAAAGCUUGAAUGUGUGGGUGUGCCUGUAGUAAUUAGUUUGAAGUGGUCUUUGCUCGUGAAAUUUAACUGUCGUUGUGCGCAAUAUGAUUUUAUUUUAUUUGUUAUGGUGAAAGUAAGGGUUUAGCACCCACUUAGUAGCCCUGGUCCAAAAUAAUAUUUGUUUAUAACCUAGAAAGUUAUGUGGGAUGUUGUAGUGUCUAAAGUUGACGUUCUGAAUUAGGUGCUGGUACUAAGGACAUUUGCCUCUUGAAGAUGCCUGAACAUUGUAAGUACUGGUUUGGAAGCCCACUGUACAGGGAUGCCUAACCAGGCACUGGAGUGGACAUGGCCACCUGAGGCUGGCUCAGCAGCUUCAGCUAAUCCACGUCUUCGUGGUGACAAGACAUGGAAUUGAAAGUCUGGGUUGAAGGAAUUCAGAGGAUUGUUUGUGGAGUUACCGAAAAUACAACGUGUCAGGAUGUUGUGUAUGCAUUGGCUCAUGCAACAGGCAAGACGGGACGGUUCACGCUCAUUGAGCGCUGGCGUAACAACGAACGGCUUCUUGCUCCUCAGGAGUGCCCUCUCAAGAUCCUCACCAAGUGGGGCGAGUACUCCAAUGACGUGCAGUUUAUCUUGCAAUGGUCUGCAUUCGAUGGGACGAAGCAGCAGCUCGGGGGUCAGCAGCUCCCAAUGAGGCUAAAGAUUGCUGACCCAUUGCAUGGUUUUCCUCACCCCUCACCCCCUGCACCGCCACAUGAUUCCAUGUCGCCACCAGAUCGAAACAAGGACAUACGCAAGUCCCUCACAUUUAGUGGUGGGCAUCAUGUCAGUCGUACAGGAGAGAACGUGGGUGUGGUGAAGGCUCGACCACGGCUAGAGGUACGAUCUGAGGAGCAAGCUGUGGAUGAACCCCUGAAGCCUUCUCGAUGCCAGCUGUCAGAUGAAGAGGUAACACCCCAAGGCUCACCUAGUCAUCAUGGCGGUACUGACAGCACCGUGUCUCCAUAUGUGUACUGGGGUAAACGGGAGGCUCCUCCGUACCGGGAUCCACCAGGCCCAGCAUCUCCUCUGCAGCGCACAUUGCCACCCUACAGGGACCCACCUCCUCCAGUCAGCAGUCCAGCCCGCAGCACGCCCCCUCGCACCCCAGGCCCUUCGCCCUCACAAGACUGUAGACCUGAUAUUAUGCCAUUGCCUCUAAGUUCUUGUGGCAAGUUGAAGACUAAACGAAACUUGCUUAAGGAUUUCCAACAGAACGAAGGGGAUUCCAGCCAGGAGGCAGUACUGUAUAAUGCUCAAUACCGAGACCUGGUUCGUCUUGUCAACUACCAGAGGGAGAAGCUGAGCACACAGCAGGCUGAGCUCACAAAGUUUGAUGCGGAAAUUGUAUUCUGGGAGGGGAAAGCUCGUGAGCAGCAGCAUCAGAUGGAGUUCCUGUCACAGGAGGCUGCCCGAGUUGAGGCAGCAGUCCGGCUCAGUGAGGAGCAGCUGAGGUUACUUAAUGGGGUCGAGGAGGAGAGUGAGAUAGUGCGGCAGCAAGAAAAGACUCUCAAGUCAGAGCAGACGCUGUUACGCUCCAAGCUUGCCAACUGCGAGACAGAACUUCUUCAGUGCAAAAAUAAGAUUCAGCUGGUGCUGGAGGAGUUGCAAAUGGAGCAGCGGUCACAGGUGCGGGAAUCAGAGGACCGUCAAUCUCUAGAGCGGUCUCUUAUGGGCGAGGUGGAGCGACUGCAACGGGAGCUGGUGCAGGCGACGCAGAGUGCGGAGAUGUCCACGCAGUGCAGCGAUAGCCUCAAAAGGGAGGUGCAGUCACUGGAGGCAGCCAUUGCAGACAAGAAGCGGCAGGUGGAGCGUCUGGUGACAGAGAUGAAGGAGGCCAAUCUGGAGAGCCUGGCGAUUGCACCAGCCGAUGAGGUGAAGCACCUGCUGGAAGGUCCCCACAAGCCAGGUAGCACUCGCAGGAUGAUAGGAUCACCGAGGCAACUGGAGAAUGCUGUUCCAACCAGCAAGAACCCACAUGGUGUUUGGGUCUGACACACCAAAGUAUAGAGAGCAGUGUGUAGAAAUGAUUCCAUAGCUACAUAAAUCACGGCAGUGGUUCUCAAAGCUGUGAGAUGCUACUACCUCACUGCCCAGCACUUGCUCCCCAGACAGCAGGCAGGUUGAGGCGCUUGUGGUCUGCAAGGACUGCAGUCAUACGGUGCAGGUGAAUGUGUUGUGUCUUUUCCAAAGAAGAAAAUGGGAUAUUGUGUGGGACACUGUUUAGCCGAACGAGUAUUCAUACAUCAGUCUCAUCUUUUCCUUGGCUGGGUUCAGCACCUCAGAUGGUUUGCCCAGCAAACAAGUCUUUUGCAGGUGAAACAGUGAUUAGCAGGGGAAAACUCAGAAGAGACUGAGAAAAACCUGCUGUGAAGCUCAAGUGAAGUCACACAAAGGAUUGAACCCAAGCUGCCAUAUCUUGUAAUGUAUAAUAUGCAAAUACUUUUCCAUUUAACUCAUUCCUGCCUCUUAGAAGGCAUCUGACAUAAUUUGCCUGUACAGAUUCACUGUCAGAGGCAUUGCGCCUGCAGAUUUCCUGCUUUCAUUAGACCAGACGGGACAGCAGUGCUCCCCACACCCCAAUGGCUCUCUCAGUAGCACGUACCCCCCUGAUGACACAGCAGCUACUCUGCCCACAUCUAUAGUGUGUAGCCACCCUGGAACUUUGUUGGCAUCCAAAUUUAACCACCGUGAAAGCCUAAACUCAGUAAAUUUAACAAAUUGCCACCACACAAUGUUCACAAAGUUAAUGCUAUAUCUUUGCUCUGUACAUUCUUUGAUAUCUCUUCCAGUAGUUUGUGUAUAGGAACAACAGAUGGCAGGAGUUUUGUAUUUUCCCAGCCCAGAAUGUCUUUACAUUUUCUUGCAAAUUAAUAUGUGGCUGGCAGCAGUGAGGCUGGAAAGGGUGAAAAUGGUGGUCCAUUUAGUGUUCAUGUAACCCUUGUUGUGCUGACCUCAGUCUCCAGAAUUGCUCUUUGCUUUGUCCUUAAGCUGGGCAUGGACGCUACCAUUCUUAAUGCACCCUGGGCUUGACAACUUUUUGCCAUGGCAUUACUGAUUAAGCAGUACGCUUGUGGCUGUCUGUCCUGUCAAGUACUUCAGAUAGUAUGUAGUUAUAUCCCCUUGCCUCUAGGUGGCAUGCAAGGUCUUAAAAAUUCUCCUGCCCCCUUCUCCAAAUUCCCGAUGUUCAUGGCAGAAUGGUUCACUCACAGGACUGAGUUGUACCUGUAGGAUUUUAGGUUCUCACAGCGGUCAUUGUGGAGAUUUCUGUGUUCUGGGAUAUAAUGCUGUGCAGUUUGUUGAAAGUCGGGUAGCGUUCUGGAGGAACAUAUCACCUCUGUCUUCAACCAAGAAAGCGGGAUGAAGCAGGUAGCAAACUGUGAAGAUGGAGGCAGCAUAUUCCUGUGAAACACUAGUUGACUUGCAAUGGACUACACACCAUUAUGUCCCAGAACAGAGAACUCUUGAAUUGUAUGUAAUUACUUGGCAUUACAUAGAAUUUUUUUUACCUGGUGUUGUUUAUUAUAUGUACCUAUCUGGUCUGGUUGCUAGGAAGCUGUGACUGUUAUUGUAGUGAAAAACUUAUCUAUAUUCACCAUUGUAUCGUCGCUUGGCAGCCAUUUAAUGCAUCGAGUGAUCACUGUGCAGCACUGUAGUGAUGAUAGAUAAUAGAAUUUUGACCAGUGGUAAUAUAUACACAUCAUGGUAAAUGAUA